AUGCCAGCCAACUCUAACAGUCUGUCUAGGCUGAGCACAGAGGACAUUACAGAUGACCACGACACCCAGACACACCAGGAGACUUCUGAGCCCUCGAGUUUGGGUUCUCCACCCCAGAAUAAAUGUGACAUCAAAGGUUUUCUCAGGAGAAAUGCUUUUGUUCUUCUCACUGUGGCUGCUAUCGUCAUAGGGAUUGGCCUGGGCUUUGCUCUGCAAUCCUGUAACCUGACAGCCAGAAAUAUAUAAUACUUCACCUUUCCUGGAGAGCUGUUCUUACGGAUGCUACAGUCGCUGGUGCUUCUUCUCAUUGUCUCUAGUCUGAUUACAGGUGUGUCAUCUGUGAAGUGGAAGACUUCUAGUAAAAUGGGGCUCCGGGCUAUUUGCUAUUACAUAAUAACAACCACUAUGGCUGUUUUCACUGGCAUCGUGCUUGUAUCACCUGUAGGUACAUCAGCGUCCUCUGGUGGUCAAGUGAAGGCUGUGCAGACUGUGGAUGCCUUUCUGGAUCUGAUCAGAAAUAUGUUUCCCUCAAAUCUGGUGGCUGCUUGUUUCAGCAAGGAACAAACUGUUUAUCCCAAAAGUCUUGGUGUUGUCAAUCUGACCCAAACAAGUAGGUUCAAUGACACAGUGCCGAUGACAGGCACCUCAGAUGGAGUCAAUAUUUUGGGAAUAUUGGUCUUCUGCAUCUGCUUUGGCCUAGUCCUGAUCAGCAUCGUCAUCUGGUAUUCCCCAGUGGGAAUCCUCUUCUUGGUUGGAGGACAGAUUUUGAAUCUGAAAGACAUCAGAGUUAUAGGUCUCCAGCUUACCAUGUAUGCUCUCACUGUGAUCACUGGCCUGGUAAUCCACAGCUUCCUCACCCUUCCCCUCAUCUAUUUCAUGGUCACACACAAGAAUCCCUUCAGGUUUAUGUUUGGUCUGCUCGAGCCUCUCACCACUGCGUUUGGGACGUCAUCAAGUGCGGUGACUCUACCAGUCAGUAUCCGCUGUUUGGAGGAGAAUCUCAACAUGGACAAACGGGUGGCACGCGUAAUGCUGCCUGACGCGGCCACAUUGACCAUGGAUGGCACAGCACUUUAUGAGGCAGUGGCUUCCAUAUUCAUCGCUCAAGUUUACAAUAUGGAGCUUGAUCUGGGUCAAAUCAUCAUCAUCAGUAUCACUGCCACAGCUGCAGCUGUUGGGGCCACAGGUAUCCCCCAGGGCAGCGCGGUAUCAAUGACGAUAGUGUUGACAUCAGUUGGACUGCGGCUUGAAGGCAUUUCAUUUAUCAUCGCUAUUGACUCGAUGCUAGAUCGUUUGAGGACAACCACCAACGUGCUGGGGGACUGUAUCGGUGUGGGUGUUGUGCAGCAUCUCUCCAGACAUGAGCUCCAGAGCUCAAGUCCUGCAGAAGAAUGCUUUGUGAAAGACAAAAAACAAAGUGAGACCUUCUAA